UAGACACACUAUGACCACUAGAUGGAGGUGAUAGAGCUGCAAAUGACUGAAAGGAAGAACACGGAAGUUAUUCAUUCAUUCAUUUCCUGGAUUAUUAAUAUAGUGUUUCAGUCCUACACAACUAAUAAACGAGUAACAGCGUGCUGGAAGAACGAUGGCUUUGAAACGAGAAGAUUUAAUCCAGCCUCAGCCACAAAGUGGCAAAUGCCUGCAGGAGAGUGGUUAUGAGGGCUUCUCUUCUAACAUGAAGCACGAGCUCAGUGUCGGCUCUGAAGACUCAAGUGAACCAGCUCUUUCUGUCAGUGAGAGCAGCAUCCUUGUGAAACCCAUCAUAAAAGAGGAGUUACACAUCGCUGAGCUGCCAGAGAUGGUGAAUAAAAAGCCACACUCAGUGGUAUUUGGGCCUGAGGCACAAAGUGUGUCUGUCAAGGAAGUGGCCAAAGGUUUAGCCACGGAGCAAAAGUACAACUUGUCCCUGAAACCCCCAGUGAUGUCACUGCUGGACAAAAGCAGAGGAAACGAAGUCACAGAAGAAGCUUUACCUGAAACAGCCGCCAUUAUGGAGGCAGAGGGAGGAGAGAAGCCCGGAAGAGAUGACUGCAUCAUGGCCUCCAAGAUGAAGCGUGUCAAAAGCCCUGCAAGACGUGGACCAGGCGUGAGAAACCAGAACCGCUACAGGAAAGGAAGGAACAGUUACAGAGCUGCUGUGCUGCUUGUCGUUUGUGUGGCUGUGUUUGUCGCUGGUGCAUCUGCUGGUAACUGUUUUACCUGCGAGGACAAGGACAAGUGCCACAAUCUGAUAAAGAUAUAUGGCUCUAAAUAUGUUCCACUCUGGGAGAGAAAAACCAACGAUCCACUUCCAGCGUGCAGUCGAGCCCUUCAAUCCCUGAACUGUUCAGUGUGCCUUCUCAACAACUGCGUGAUGAUCCAUGUGAACAACCCCACUAUAGAAGGCGAGGCCGACGGGAGACUUCUCAUCAUGAAACCUGUAGAUUGUGCACAGAUGUUUGGCCCAGAGAAUGAUGGAGCAGCUAGCCGUGGCAAUGAAAACACCUCUGACCCAAAGAACGAUGGAGCGAUUGUCUGUGGCAGUCUCUUUGUGGUGCUGGUCGUAGCGCUGCUGGUCUUCAUUGUGUGACAACAUGUUCAACUGAGCAGUGAUUCUAUUUCAUUUUAGCUUCUUGCAUGAAUGUCUACAGUGAUUCUAUUUCUUAUCAUUUAAUAAAAUCUAACAAAAAAGAUCAAUUAUUCCCUUUUUGCUCUGAUUGAAGCUUUUUUUAAAACUAAUUCUCAUUUCUGUUUGUAUUGAUCAUUUUAAACCAAUUAACCUGUAAAAACUAUUAUUUGAGAAUAAUAUUUAGCUGUUGUGAUAUACAAUAUUAAAGAUUACAAUUAAUACCAUAGAC